AUGAGCAACCUGAAGCCGGACGGCGAGCACAGCACCAGCACGGGCACCGGCACGGGCUCGGGCUCCGGCGGCACUCUGGAGGAGGAGGUCCGGACACUGUUCGUCAGUGGCCUCCCUGUGGACAUUAAACCCAGAGAACUCUACCUGCUCUUCCGGCCGUUCAAGGGCUAUGAAGGGUCCCUGAUCAAGCUCACAUCGAGACAGCCUGUUGGUUUUGUGAUCUUUGACAGCCGAGCAGGAGCAGAAGCAGCCAAGAAUGCAUUGAACGGUAUUCGCUUUGAUCCUGAGAACCCGCAGACCCUGAGGCUAGAGUUUGCCAAAGCCAACACCAAGAUGGCCAAGAACAAGCUAAUGGCUACACCUAAUCCCACCAAUGCUCACCCUGCCCUAGGAGCACACUUCAUCGCACGGGACCCCUAUGACCUUAUGGGGGCUGCUCUGAUCCCCGCGUCCCCAGAGGCCUGGGCCCCCUACCCUCUGUACACCACAGAGCUGACCCCAGCCAUCUCACCUGCUGCAUUCACCUACCCAGCUGCCGCCGCCGCCCUCCACGCUCAGGUGCGCUGGUACCCUUCUUCGGAUACCGCCCAGCAAGGAUGGAAAUAUCGUCAGUUCUGUUAGUUCUUCAGUCUUGUCACCGCAGCUUGAAGCCCCUGCCCCGCUGGGGAGGAAGCCGCUCUGAGCUUCCACUGCCCCCAGGCGGCCUGUGGAGAGCUGCUGCUUCCUUCCAAAGACUGUGAAUUUUAAGCCUGACUCAGUGGACUGCUUCCUGUUUCCUUUCUCCUCUUCCUCAGGCCUGUCUUUCCCCAAAGCCCCCUCGCCAAGGCCUCCCGGGAGGAUUGGGUGGGGGGGGGGCCCUUCUUGCUGGGAU